GGGGCACGAUUGAUCAGACAGCAGAAUAAUUAAACACAUGCCGUGGAAUAUUGUACGCGAGAUGGAGAGUUUCUCUGUUCCAAAAUUAGACAUUCACUAUUUACUGGCAGUCAGUUCACACUCUUACACGUGCAUCUGGCACAGGACACGCGCACAUUCACUGACCAGGAAUUCCAUUCAUUUUCCAAGGACACUCUAUUGGACACCACUCAGAAAACAUGGAGACAACAGACGAAGCUCGGAUUGCUUUCCAGAAGUACACGUCCGGGAACUUUGAGGAUGCCAUAUCUUCGUACAACAACCUGCUCGGAAAAGAUCACCAAAAUACAGAGUAUCUCGCAAUCAGAGCACAGUGUCAUUUUAAUCUUUCAAAUUUUCAAAUGUGUCUAGAUGACGUCAAAUGUCUGAUGUCACUGGACACAACCAAUCACAUCAAAGCGUUCAUAACAGGUGGGAGAGCAGCAACAAAAUUAGAAAAAUACGAAGAAGCUUAUUAUUGUUACACAGCGGGACUGAAAAUUGUACCUAAACACAAGGAGAUCAUUGAAGAUCUGAAAGAGCUACAGAAAAUAAUCAUCAAAGAUGUGGAAUCGAAGGCCGCCGCAUACGAGGAGAAGGGCUAUAAUGCUGUGGACUUCUGCGGACAGGAUCCGUAUCCCGGGGAUGUGGACUUAUUUCAGAUGGAAGUUGAAAUUCUGGAGAAGAAGUUUCAAAUCAAAACCGAAUCAUUCGAUCAGAAACCAUUUGAUGACGUCAUUCAACAGAAAGUAGCAAGUGCCGCGAUGGCGGGCCACAAUUGUAUGUUACAGAGAAAGUGGAAGGAGGCACAGCAGUGCUUCACUGUGGCCCUCGAGUUGGACCCUAACAACCAUGUUGUGAGAAGACUCCGUGCUGAGGCAAGCAACAAUUUGGAGGAACUGACAGCAACAUUUGAAGACCUUUGGCUUAUUCCAAAAAUAAAGCGAACACCAGACACGUGGAAACUAGGAGGCAAAAUUUUGAUGAAGUUCGAUUUGUUAGUGCUUGCUGAAUUCUGGUUUAGAAAAGCAACGCAAGCGACAUCAGGAAAAGACAACGAACCAAAAAUUCUUUUCCAGAAAUGUAGAGUCAAACGACUGUAUGGCCCAUUGACAAGCGAUUUCCCCAUCAGAGUGGACUUUACAGAAUAUGGGAGAGCUAUAUACGCCACAGAGGAUAUACCAGCGGGUGAAAUCGUCUUUUCUGACGCACCCAUCGUUCUUGGAAAGGUGUUCGACACUGUCCAUUACAAAACGAAUAUUCAGUCAUGUGAUCACUGCGCCCAGUCACUGCUCUCACCACAAGAAUAUUUUAAGGAGACUUUUUCUACCAUGGACAGCGAUCUUCGGGAACUUGUUUUAAAAUACUGGCCUAACACAAAACCAAUUUAUUGCAAGAAUUGCCAAACGGUAAAAUAUUGCAGUAACGAAUGCAAAACACAGGCAUGGAAUACAUAUCACGAACUCAUAUGUCCUUCCAGAUCGAAAGCUACAGCCAGACUCCACAAAAUAUCGGAAAACUUCGGUAAAGAAGCAGAUGAAGCUGGCAACUUUGUAGAGGUCUGGGUUGGGCACUUCAGCCCACUGAUCCUUGCUAGGAUAUGGGCAACAAUUGCUACAACAGCAAAGUCCAUGGCUCGAGAAAGUGGAGACAUCAUUCCAACCAAAGAACAAUGGGCGUAUGCAAAAGGUCCUUAUCGAAAAUUCAUAGCCUAUGGCAAUAUCUCUGUGGAAAAAGAUCAGACUGUCAUGAAAGAUUUGUUCAGAGAAAUCUUCGCCGAUUGUGGAGAUGGCGUUAGCUACGACAUUACGGAUUCUGAAUUCAAAGGCCGUUAUUUUCAAGCUGUUUGCAACUUGCAGGUCUUCUCAUCGCCCUGGACACCGUACCACAAAUUCUUGGAUGAGCUUGGUAAAGCCGAAGAGGAUGAAGACCGUACCAUCAGGCUCUUGAAAUACUUAAAAGACAAACCUACCCCAUCAAACGUUUGUGGGAUGUUUCCAUUACACGCAUGCCUUAACCAUUCUUGUCUCAAUAAUGUCGAGGUAUCCGACGGACUAGUUCACGGAAAAGGGGGCGUAACCGUCAGAUCAAAGAGGGAUAUCCAGAAGGGGGAGGAGAUAUUCACUACUUACAUAGACACGGCCAUGCCUCGCAAACUCCGUAGGGCGUGGCUUUACAAGUCGUUCAACUUCUGGUGCAGGUGCCCUAGAUGUCAGGUAGAAGGCGAUGAUCCCGAUGUAUGCACCAAAUGUGGUAAAAAGGCACCGGAGGGAAAGAAGUUUCCCGGAUGUGGUAAAUGUAUGAAAGCUUGGUACUGCUCCGUAGCGUGUCAGAAGAGCGCGUGGAAGUUGGGUCACAAAACAGCAUGCAAAACUGAACAUUCCAAAACCUCAUAUGGAUGAUCCUUAACUUCAGCAAGAGUCAACGUGUGUUGCUUCUAAUUUGUGAAUUUAUUGAUAAGAUAAAUUGUUCAGAACCGCAUUGGAGCGAGUUUGUCUAAUAUAUAUUUGUCCGAUCAAUGCAUUUGUUAUUUUUAUCAAAUAAAUCCAAGCCAAAUUUU